AUGAGUUCUGACGACGGCGAGAACUUUGAAUUUGGCGAUUCCGGCUCCGAAUCUGAGGGCUACGCGCCGGCCAAGAAGACAACCAAGAAGGCUGCAGCAUCCAAACCCAAACCUGCUGCAAAACCUGCUACCAAGGCACUAGCGAAGCCCAAGGCAGGUGCUGGUGGCGCGAAGGGCAAGGCGGCCGCGAAAAAGAAGGUGUUGGUCGACAGCAACGAUGCGGAGGACAGCGACGACGCGUCCGAUGGUCCAGUCGCGGGGCCAAGUAAGGAUAACGACGUGCCAAAUCCUCAGAGGAAGCAGAAAACCGCCUCAGAGAAAUAUUCCAAGCUGAGCCAUAUCGACCACAUUCUCGUGCGACCCGAUACCUACAUUGGCAGCGUCGAGAAGAUUACCCAGACGAUGUGGGUCCAUGACUCGGACACAAACAAGAUGUCGUCGCGAGAAAUCACAUAUGUCCCCGGUUUUUUCAAGAUUGUUGACGAAAUUCUCGUGAACGCGGCCGACCACAAGAUUACCGACCCGUCCAUGGACACACUGAAAGUUGAGGUCGAUACCGACGAAGGCACUAUUUCCGUCUACAACAACGGUGGAGGUAUUCCCAUCGAAAUCCAUGCAACGGAGAACGUCUAUAUUCCCGAGCUCAUCUUCGGAAACUUGCUCGCUGGUUCCAAUUUCGAUGACGACGAAAAGAAAUUGACUGGUGGUCGCAACGGAUUCGGUGCCAAACUCGCCAAUAUCUACUCACAUGAGUUUACUGUCGAAACCGCCGACUCGAAGAAUGGUCAAAAAUACAAACAAGUGUGGACGGACAACAUGGGCAAAUGUGGCAAGCCCAAGAUCACGAAGAAUUCGACAGGCGAGGAUUGGACGAAAAUCUCAUUUCGUCCUGACUUGAAGCGCUUUGGAAUGGAUUCGAUCGACGAAGACACUGCAGCUUUGCUUCGGAAACGAGUCUACGAUAUGGCGGGCACCGUUAAAGAUACAAAGGUCUGGUACAACGGCAAACGCAUCACCAAUAUCAAGAACUUCAAGCAAUACGUUGAACUCUACCUAACUUCUGCGGCGGAGAACAAGGAAGACCCCAACCCCGCACAAGCCAAGUCGGCUUUGAUCUACGAACGCAUCAGCAAUCGCUGGGAAAUUGGAUUCGCUGUAUCCGAAGGGUCCUUCCAGCACGUAUCGUUUGCCAACUCGAUCGCCACGACGAAAGGCGGCACCCAUGUCAACCUUAUCGCGGACCAAAUAUCCAAGAGCGUAUUGGCGGCCAUUGGGAAGAAGAACAAGGGUGCGACAGUCAAGGCAGCGCAAAUCAAGAAUCAUAUGUGGCUUUUCGUUAACUCGCUCAUCGAAAACCCGACGUUCGACAGUCAAACGAAGGAGCAGUUGACGCUUCCCGCAAGUAAAUUUGGCACAAAACCCGUGCUCUCAGACGAGUUCACGAAGAAAGUCGUCAAGUCGCCGAUUAUCGAAAACAUUCUCAACUGGGCUCAAUUCAAGGCCGACCAGCAAGCGAAGAAAACAGAUGGUACGAAACGUGGGCGACUCACCGGUCUGCCCAAGCUCUCAGACGCUAACAACGCCGGCACCAAACAUGCGAAGAACUGCACAUUGAUUCUUACGGAAGGAGACUCAGCCAAGACAUUCGCUGUCGCAGGCUUGAGCGUCGUGGGCCGUGACAAUUUCGGUGUUUUCCCCCUUCGCGGCAAGAUGCUGAAUGUUCGGGACGCAAAACAUGAACAGAUUCAGAAGAACGAGGAGAUACAGAAUAUCAAGAAGAUCAUGGGGCUACAGCAUGGCAAAGUUUACACCAACACGGAUAGUCUUCGCUAUGGACGAUUGAUGAUAAUGACUGAUCAGGAUCACGACGGAUCCCAUAUCAAAGGGCUCCUCAUCAACUUCUUCGACAAGUUUUACCCGUCUCUCCUUAAGCUGGAUGAUUUUUUGGUGGAGUUCGUCACUCCUAUUGUACGCGCACGCAAGGGCAAUCAAAAGAAAGAUUUCUUCACUCUGCCUGAGUACGAGCGAUGGCGCGAAGAAACACCAGGUGCCGACAAAUGGGUCCCCAAAUAUUACAAAGGUCUCGGAACGAGUAAUGACGCCGAUGCCCGCGAAGAGGGGGACAGAGAACUUAUCGAUCUCGCCUUUAACAAGAAGAAGACAGAGGAACGUAAAGAUUGGUUGAGGCAAUUCAAGCCCGGCACAUUCUUGGAUCACAACUUGGAAGAAAUUCCUUACGCCGAAUUCAUUAACAAAGAACUCAUUCUUUUUUCGAUGGCGGACAACAUCCGCUCUAUUCCGUCGGUCGCCGACGGCUUGAAGCCGGUUCAGCGCAAAGUGAUGUGGGCCUCAUUCAGGCGAUCGUUCAAGAAAGAAAUGCGGGUCGCUCAAUUGGUUGGUUAUGUCAGUAACAUCGCGGCAUACCACCACGGAGAAGCAAGUCUGGGCGCCACGAUUAUCAACCUUGCGCAGCAGUUCGUUGGUAGCAACAACAUCAAUCUACUGCACCCAGAUGGCCAAUUCGGUUCCCGCGACCUGGGAGGCAAAGACGCUGCGGCUAUGCGUUACAUCCACACGCACCCUUCCUCGAUGGCAAGAGUUCUCUUCCACCCUCAAGAUGACGCGCUCUUCCCACAAAUACUGGAUGAUGGGUUAGCUGUCGAGCCCGAAUGGUAUCUGCCCAUUCUUCCAUUGGUUCUCGUCAACGGCGCGGAAGGUAUCGGCACUGGUUGGAGUACCAACAUCCCAAGCUUCAACCCGUCCGACAUCGUGGCCAACAUUCGUCGCUUAAUGGACGGGGAGGAGAUGGUACCGAUGCAUCCCUGGUGGCGCGCUUAUACGGGCGAGAUCAAGCAAACGGCGAAGAACAAAUACGACGUCAAUGGAGUCGUAAGGAAGCUCAGUACGACAUCCGUAGAGAUCACAGAGCUCCCGAUACACAAGUGGACCCAAGCUUACAAGUCGGAUGUUCUUGAAGCAAUGAUGGUUGGCAAGGAGGGCGAGACUGCUACGAUAAAGGAAUACAAAGAACACCAUGCGAACGCAAACGUUCACUUCACCGUCUCGAUGGACGCGAAACAGCUGGAAAAGGCGGAAGAGAAAGGCUUGCUUGAGUUCUUCAAAUUAACUUCCAAAAUCACGACCUCGAACAUGAUGUGCUUUGACUUCGACGGCAAAAUCAAGAAGUACAACUCGCCAGAGGAGAUUUUGGAGGACUUCUAUCCAAUGCGUCUCGCGUACUACCAGAAACGGAAGGAUUAUCUUGCUGGCGAACUGCAACUCGCGUUUGAGAGGCUGACGAAUCAAGCGCGAUUCGUCAAGAUGAUUGUGGAUCGGCAACUUACCGUGUCCAAUCGCAAGAAGGCGGACAUCGUGGCGGAUCUGCGCAAACACAAUUUCCGAGCGUUCCCCAAGAUAAAAAAGGCGAAAGAUGCAGGCGAAGACGAGCCGGUGGUCGAGGAGCCUGAGUCUGACGAGGAGGAGGAGGACGCCGUCGGCAACGGAAAGACGAACCCUACCGACUUCGACUAUCUGCUUCAGAUGGCGAUUUCGAGUCUGACCAAGGAGAAGAUGGAGAAACUACUUCAAAGCGCCUCGGACAAGGAGAACGAACUACUCGACCUGCUCAAGAUUUCGCCCAAAGAGAUGUGGAAUGUGGACUUGGAUCGGUUCUUGGUGGAAUGGGAAACCUUCCAAAACGACAUCAUCGACCAGCAAAGCAAGGAUUCGAGAGGGAAGACUGUCAAAAAGAAACAAGCAGUUCUACGAACGCGCAAGUCCAUUGGGAAACGGGCUGGUGGAUCGGACUCGGAGGAUGAUUUCAAACCCGUCAAGGCGCCAAAGCGAAAAGCUCCUGAGCCUAAACGACCAGCAGCGAAAGUCAAAGACGAGUCUGAUGACGAGGAAGCCACUUCCGCACCAAAGAAACGAGCGCCCGCGAAGAAGGCCCCCAUAGACGUUGAUGAACCGCCGAAGAAAGCAGCCAAGAGGAAGGCAAUCAGCGACUCGGAUAGCGAGGCAGAGGAGGUCAUCAAGAAACCUCCAGCGCGAAAAGCGGCAGCGAAGCCGAUAGCGAUCGAUUCAGACGACGAUAAUGAGGGAGAAGAGGUGUCGAAGGGCAAAGGCAAGGCGAAGGCCGCGCCAGCAAAGAAGACCACGGCCAUGUCGAUUGAUUCAGACGACGAACCUCCCAAAGCGAAGCCUCCAGCUAAGAAGGCCAAACCAAUCACGAUCGACUCUGAUGACGAUGAUGUGCCGAAGGCUAAGGGCAAAGGAAAGGCAGCUCCCAAACGCAAGAGUCUCGACAGCGUUGUAGACAGCGAGGAUGAGCCGCCAAAGAAGAAAAAGGCAUCGGCCUCACAAGCUGCUGUGACCGAUUUCUUUGCCAAAGCUGGUCCAUCUGGUGCUUCCAGCAAACCUGAACCACGCAAGAUCUCCAAGAGCAUGAAACCCGCAUCUCCUCCCAAACCGAAGAAGGCACCACCGAAAAGGCUUAUUGAUUCGGAGGACGAGGACGAUGAUAUGUACGACUCUGUUCCUCCUGCUGCUGCUCCCGCGCCUUCGAGACGACCGGCCCGCGCUGCGCCGAAGAAAUAUGUCGAGAUUGGGUCUGACGAUGAAGGCGAAACGGGGGACAACUCACUGUUUGUUGACGAUGACUAA